AACUUGCCGACCGCAAUUCGCCGUGUUUAUGUUUAUCUGUCAACGGUGAAAGGAAAUUCGACUUUUACCCCAACUUAUCGCGUGUCCCGUCGAACCACGACUGAAGUACGGUCGGAUUUUGCGUUCUUCGUCGUCCCGACAGUUCAAAACAGCCCUUUCGUGUUUAAAUCGUCGCGUACAUCGAACCUAACCUCAAAUCUAGUAAACGGUGUAAGUUCUCCUGACGAUCUUCAGAAAUGACCGAGAGUGAACACUGCCAGUCGAUCGACGACAACAUUCUGAAAUGCGGCAUAGGAGCAGGCGAACUGAGUCCUUCCUGGUCCUUUAGACCCAGAGGAUCGUUGGCCAGGGCCUUGUAUCAGAAACAGCAGCACGACGAGUUUCUGAGCCAUUUCGACAAGAAAAUCUGGUACCAAUGCGAUUUAAAGAGGCUGCCGGACGAUUUAGCGUCUAAGUUCGUCCAGCUCCAUCCGGACGAUGAGACGAACAAAUUCCUCAUUAGGUCCGAGGAAAAGUCCGAUUGGAUUUUCACGCAGCUUUGGCACUCUUUGGUGAAGUUCUUCUUGAGCUGGUUCAUGACGCAUACGGCCAUUAAUGGGUGGUUACAAAGGGGGUCAAUGUUCGUCGUGUCCCAGCCCCAGUUCCUUAAACUGGUGCGCGAGAAGGAGGGGUGGGUCGGCGACACGCUGCUGGACCUGGGGGCGGGUGACGGCGAAGUCACGGCACAUUUGGCACCGCUCUUCAACAAGGUCUACGCCACCGAAGCCUGCGCCACUAUGAGAGGACUGCUGCAACGCAAGGGAUACCAAGUCCUGGACUUAGAUAAUUGGUACGAGGAUCGAAAAUUUGACGUGAUUUCCUGUUUGAAUCUAAUCGAUCGUUGCGACAAACCGCUGGAAAUCCUGAAGCAGAUCCGGCAAUCCUUGAGACCAGAUGGGAGAGUCCUUCUGGCUGUAGUACUGCCAUUUUCAGCCUACGUGGAAUCAGGAGCUCCUGAUUUCAAACCACAAGAACUGUUGCCAAUAAAUGGGUCCACGUUUGAAGAGCAAGUUAGAAGUGCCGUUCAUGAAGUGUUCGCCCCAGCAGGAUUUGAGGUGGAGAGUUGGAGUAGAGUACCAUACUUGUGCGAAGGAGAUCUUCAGCAGUCAUAUUAUUGGCUGGACGAUGCUAUUUUUGUGCUAAAGCUGGCCAAUUGUUAAAGUUUGGAUGGGACCAAUUUUAUAUAAAGUAUUGCAUAUGUAGUAUUUUAUAAAGCUUUAAAUAAACUAUUUUAUAAUAAUAUAUAAAUAAUAUAUUUU